GGCACUUCCGGUCGCGCGCACCCCUGGCCGUUUGGCGCCAAAAUGGGCCGAGGCCCCUCACAGUUCCCUAGUGACUAGAAACUUGGGGUCACUUCUGAUCUCAAAGUAGAGUGAGCUUUGGGUUCUCCUCGGGGAUCCCCUUCCUGGAGGAGCCACGGGCCUGGGUCCUGCCGCCAGUUUGGUCGCGCAGGAAGUGGGCAGCCCGCGGCCUCAGGACACCCCUCGGCCCGGGCACUUCGGCCUCUACUUCCGGUGCCCGGCCUGCUUGGUGGGGGGUCGAGCUGGUCCGGUCCCUGGGGGCAUUUUGCCCCCCCCCCCCUUGGCACCCCGCGCAGCGCAUCCCGAUGGCGGCCUCCAGAGACAGACGUCGCCGCUCGGGCCCCGGGCGCGGCCGGCUCAGGCUCAAAGAUUUGGAAAGAGAUAGCCUAACAGAAAAGGAAUGUGUGAAGGAGAAACUGAAUCUCUUGCAUGAAUUUCUGCAAACAGAAAUAAAAAAUCAGUUAUGUGACUUGGAAACCAAAUUACAUAAAGAAGAAUUAUCAGAGGAGGGCUACCUGGCUAAAGUCAAAUCCCUUUUAAAUAAAGAUUUAUCCUUGGAGAACGGAGCUCAUGCUUUCAGCCGGGAAGUGAACGGACGUCUAGAAAACGGGAGCCAGACAAGCGGCGAGGACCGCAGAGUGGGAAUGGCAGAGGAAAAGAAAUCUCCCAAACCCGUUUCCAAACUUCCCACACCCAGACGAAGCAAGGCCGAUGGAGAGACCAAGUCUGAAGCUGCUUCUUCUAGCCCCAGGAUUACAAGGCAAACUACCAGGCAGACCACCAUCCUGUCUCAUUUCUCGAGGGGCCCUGCCAAACGGAAGCCUGAGGAAGAGCAGGAAAAAGCGAAAUCGGAUGAGUCUCCUGAGGAAGAAAAAGACCAGGAGGAAAAGAGACGGAGAGUUACAUCCAGAGAACAAGUUGCUAGACCGCUCCCUGCAGAAGAACCGGAAAGAGUAAAACCUGGAACACACAUGGAAGAAGAGGAAGAAAGAGAUGAAAAAGAAGAAAAGAGGCUCAGAAGUCAAGCCAAAGAACCAACACCUAAACCGAAGCCUAAGGAGGAGCCAGACAGAGAAGGGAGAGCAGGGGCGCAGGCUGAAAUGAAUGAAGGAGACGAGAAGGAUGAAAAGAGACCCAGAAGUCAACCCAAAGAUCUAGCUGCCAAACGGAGACCUGAAGAGAAAGAACCUGAAAGAGUAAAACCACAAGUUUCUGAGGAAAAAGAUGAGGAUGAAAAGGAAGAGAAGAGACGCAAAACUACAUCCAAAGAACCCAAAGAACCAAUGGAGAAGAAAAUGGCCCGAGCCAAAACAGUAGUGUCCUCCAAGACCAACCCUCUGCGGUGCGUGCAGUGCGGACAGUACCUGGAUGACGCCGAUCUGAAGUACGAGCAGCACCCUCCCGACGCGGUGGACGAGCCACAGCUGCUGACCAGCGAGAAGCUCUCCAUCUUCGAUGCCAACGAGUCUGGCUUUGAGAGCUACGAGGCUCUUCCCCAGCACAAACUGACCUGCUUCAGCGUGUACUGCAAGCGCGGUCACAUGUGCCCUAUCGACACUGGCCUCAUCGAGAAGAACAUUGAACUCUUCUUCUCCGGUUACGCGAAGCCAAUAUAUGAUGAUGACCCAUCUCUCGAAGGUGGUGUUAAUGGCAAAAAUCUUGGCCCCAUAAACGAGUGGUGGAUCACUGGCUUUGACGGGGGUGAAAAGGCGCUCAUUGGCUUCAGCACUUCUUUUGCUGAGUACAUUCUGAUGGACCCCAACCCUGAAUACGCGCCGCUGUUCAGUGUGAUGCAGGAGAAGAUCUACAUAAGUAAGAUUGUGGUCGAGUUCCUGCAGGGCAACCCAGACUCCACCUAUGAAGACUUGAUCAACAAGAUUGAGACCACUGUUCCUCCUUCUGUGCUCAACCUGAAUCGAUUCACAGAGGACUCUCUCCUUCGACAUGCCCAGUUUGUGGUAGAACAAGUAGAGAGUUACGAUGAGGCCGGGGACAGUGACGAGCAGCCCAUCUUUCUGACCCCUUGCAUGAGAGACCUGAUCAAGUUGGCUGGGGUCACCCUUGGGAAAAGGAGAGCUGAAAGACGUCGGACCAUUGGGCAUUCUGCCAAAGAGAAGGACAAAGGUCCCACUAAAGCCACCACGACCAAGCUGGUCUACCAGAUCUUCGACACUUUCUUCGCAGAGCAGAUCGAAAAGGAUGACAAAGAGGACAAGGAGAACGCCUUCAAACGCCGGCGGUGCGGCGUCUGUGAGGUUUGUCAGCAACCCGAAUGUGGACAGUGCAAAGCCUGUAAAGAUAUGGUUAAGUUUGGUGGUAGCGGACGGAGCAAACAGGCUUGCCAAGAGAGGAGGUGCCCCAACAUGGCCAUGAAGGAGGCAGAUGAUGAUGAAGAGGUCGAUGACAAUAUUCCAGAGAUGCCAUCACCCAAAAAAAUGCAUCAGGGGAAGAAAAAGAAACAAAACAAGAACCGGAUCUCUUGGGUUGGAGACGCUGUCAAGACUGAUGGGAAGAAGAGUUACUUUAAGAAGGUGUGCAUCGACUCAGAAACCCUGGAAGUGGGGGACUGUGUCUCUGUUAUUCCAGAUGACUCCUCAAAACCGCUGUAUUUGGCAAGGGUCACUGCGCUGUGGGAGGACAGCAGCAACGGGCAGAUGUUCCAUGCCCACUGGUUCUGCGCUGGGACAGACACGGUCCUCGGAGCCACGUCGGACCCCUUGGAGCUGUUCCUGGUGGACGAAUGUGAGGACAUGCAGCUUUCGUAUAUCCACAGCAAGGUGAAGGUCGUCUAUAAAGCUCCGUCGGAGAACUGGGCCUUGGAGGGAGGCAUGGAUCCCGAGGCUAUGAUAGCAGAGGAUGACGGAAAGACCUACUUCUACCAGCUGUGGUAUGAUCAAGACUACGCCAGAUUUGAGUCUCCUCCGAAAACCCAGCCGACCGAGGAGAACAAGUACAAGUUCUGUGUAAGCUGUGCCCGACUGGCUGAAAUGAGGCAGAAAGAAAUUCCCAGGGUCCUGGAACAGCUUGAGGACCUGGACACCCGGGUACUCUACAGCUCGGCCACCAAGAACGGCAUCCAGUAUCGAGUGGGUGAUGGCGUGUACCUCCUCCCCGAGGCCUUCACGUUCAACAUCAAGCUGUCCAGUCCCGUAAAACGCCCGCGGAAGGAGCCUGUGGACGAAGAUCUGUAUCCAGAACACUACCGGAAGUACUCGGAUUACAUCAAAGGCAGUAACCUGGAUGCUCCUGAGCCAUAUCGAAUUGGCCGAAUAAAAGAAAUCUUCUGUAUCAAGAAGAGCAAUGGCAGGCCCAACGAGACUGAUAUCAAGAUCAGAAUCAACAAAUUUUAUAGGCCAGAGAACACCCACAAGUCUACCCCAGCAAGCUACCACGCAGACAUCAACCUGCUUUACUGGAGCGAUGAGGAGGUGGUCGUGGACUUCAAGGCCGUGCAGGGCCGCUGCACUGUGGAGUACGGGGAGGACCUGCCUGGGGGCCUCCAGGACUUCUCCGCAGGGGGGCCGGACCGCUUCUACUUCCUUGAGGCCUAUAAUGCGAAGAACAAAAGCUUUGAAGAUCCUCCAAACCAUGCCCGCAGCCCUGGAAAUAAAGGGAAAGGGAAGGGUAAAGGGAAGGGCAGGGCAAAGUCUCAGACAUGUGAGCCGAGCGAGCCAGAGACCGAAAUUAAACUGCCUAAGCUUCGGACCUUGGAUGUGUUUUCCGGCUGUGGGGGCUUGUCAGAAGGCUUCCACCAAGCAGGCAUCUCGGAAACACUGUGGGCCAUCGAGAUGUGGGAUCCUGCGGCCCAGGCAUUUCGGCUCAACAAUCCCGGGUCCACGGUGUUCACAGAGGACUGCAAUGUACUGCUGAAGCUGGUCAUGGCCGGGGAGGCGACCAACUCCCGGGGUCAGAAGCUGCCUCAGAAGGGAGACGUGGAAAUGCUGUGCGGUGGGCCGCCUUGCCAAGGGUUUAGUGGCAUGAACCGCUUCAACUCUCGGACCUACUCCAAGUUCAAGAACUCCCUGGUGGUUUCCUUUCUCAGCUACUGUGACUACUACCGGCCCCGCUACUUCCUGCUGGAGAAUGUGCGGAACUUCGUCUCCUUCAAGCGCUCCAUGGUCCUGAAGCUCACUCUCCGCUGCCUGGUCCGCAUGGGCUACCAGUGCACCUUCGGCGUGCUGCAGGCUGGUCAGUACGGUGUGGCCCAGACGCGGAGGCGGGCCAUCAUCCUGGCUGCGGCCCCCGGAGAGCAGCUUCCCCUGUUCCCAGAGCCGCUGCACGUGUUCGCGCCGCGGGCCUGCCAGCUGAGCGUCGUGGUGGACGACAAGAAGUUCGUCAGCAACAUCACCAGGUUAAGCUCGGGCCCGUUCCGGACCAUCACCGUGCGGGACACCAUGUCUGACCUCCCUGAGGUCCGGAACGGAGCUUCGUCCCUUGAGAUCUUGUACAACGGGGAGCCUCAGUCCUGGUUCCAGAGGCAGCUCAGGGGCGCACAGUACCAGCCCAUCCUCAGGGACCACAUCUGUAAGGACAUGAGUGCGUUGGUGGCGGCCCGCAUGCGGCACAUCCCUCUGGCGCCCGGCUCCGACUGGCGCGACCUGCCGAAUAUCGAGGUGCGGCUCUCCGACGGCACCAUGGCCAGGAAGCUGCGCUACACGUACCACGACAAGAAGAACGGCUGUAGCAGCACCGGGGCCCUCCGCGGGGUCUGCUCCUGCGUGGAAGCGGGCAAAGCCUGCGACUCUGCAGCUAGACAGUUCAACACCCUCAUCCCCUGGUGCUUGCCCCACACCGGGAACAGGCACAACCACUGGGCCGGCCUCUACGGACGGCUGGAGUGGGACGGCUUCUUCAGCACGACUGUCACCAACCCUGAGCCCAUGGGCAAGCAGGGCCGCGUUCUCCACCCCGAGCAGCACCGCGUCGUGAGUGUGCGGGAGUGUGCCCGCUCCCAGGGCUUCCCGGACACCUACCGGCUGUUCGGCAACAUCCUCGAUAAGCACCGGCAGGUGGGUAACGCUGUGCCGCCGCCUCUGGCCAAAGCCAUUGGCUUGGAGAUCAAGCGCUGUAUGUUGGCCAAAGCUCGAGAGAGUGCCUCAGUUAAAACCAAGGAAGAGGAGUCUGCUAAGGACUAGUCUUGCCCUCCUGUCGCCCUCGUUUCUGGCACCAGGGAUCCCCAACAUGCACUGAUGUUGUAUUUUUAACAUGUCAAUCUGUCAGUUCAAAUGUGUCGUUCACGGUGUUUGUGGCCUUGGCUGACAUGAAGCUGUUCUGUGAGGUUUGCUUAUCGACUAAUGACUUAGUGAUCAAAGUGUGCCGUACUUUGUGCAUUCUGGAUUUUAAAAGUUUUUUAUUCUGCGUUGUAUCAAAUCUACCACUGUAUGAGUGGAAAUUAAGACUUUAUGUAGUUUUUAUAUGUUGUAAUAUUUCUUCAAAUAAAUCUCUCCUAUAAACCA